AUGCCAUGGGAACUCAUCGGAAGCUCGACAAGGACCUUCGUUCUUUGGGACCUAGUUAGCCAGAAGAAGGUUUUCAUGAAGGAUACCUGGAGACGCGAUUCGCGAUCAGCAGAUAAGGAAGGGGACAUCUAUCGGAUACUGAAGUCGCAUGAUGUCUCGCAUCUCGCUCCCAUGGAGUGCAGCGGGGACGUCUUGAGCACUCAUGGCAUGAGAACGCGGACGCAGGACUACAGCAAGCCAUAUCUGGGUUUACGAUUGUCCGGCUACGUCCAUUACAGGAUAGUCUUCGGUGUUGUGGGCACUAGUUUGCAUGAUUUCUCGGCUCCGCAUCAGCUUUUUUCAGCCCUGGCUGAUGCUCUGGAGGCCCACAGGGACGCGUACACUAAGGCCAAAAUCCUGCAUCGGGACAUAAGCGCUGGUAACAUCAUAUUAUCACCCACCGGCGAAGGACUGCUGAUCGAUUGGGACCAUUGUCUGAACAUGAACAAUCCGGCCAGCCUGAAGACACAGGUUGGAUUCACGGGUACCUGGGAAUUCGCUUCGGCACGACUGCUCAGAAAACCUCGCACGGAGACGCACGUCUUGGAGGACGAUCUUGAGUCGUUCUUGCAUGUUGCAACGUGGACGUCAGUUCGUAGAAUUCCGGGUGGGCUCAAGCCAAGGAAAAU